AGUUGUCAAAGUCCAAAGGACUGCUCAAUAAUUUUGUUUCCAAAGUCACACUGCAGUACUGGGCAUGGUCUAUUUCUAAGGCAAAGGUAAUAAGCUAGUCUUAUCUGGAGAACAUACAAGUGUGUAUCUCAGCAGAUAUUAUGGUCCUUAUCAGUAAAUGAUUGGCCGUGUGUGUGGCUUUUUAAUGAACAUGUGACUACACGCCCUGUGUCGGGUGCAGGUUUUGUGCCUGCAAUGCUUCCGCCUGCUGCGUUACAGGAGCUGAGAAUCCAGCAGUUGGUUUGCUCCGGGCUGCGGUUCUGCCAUGGCUCCUGCAGCACUUCCCGGGCUCCUUCCCCUGUGUGCGUGUCUGCUGCUGACGCCUGGCCUGGCCCAGGCAGGCAAGCUGCUGGUGGUGCCCAUGGACGGGAGCCACUGGUUUACCAUGCGGUCGGUGGUGGAGAAACUCAUCCAGAAAGGGCACGAGCUGGUUGUGGUCGUUCCAGAUGUGAGUUGGCACCUGAGACAAUCACUGAAUUGUACAGUGAAAACUUAUAAAACUUCUCACACCCUGGAGGAUUUGAACCGUGAUUUUCUGGAUUUUAGCAAAGUCCACUGGAAAACUCAAAUACAAAGUGUAUUUUCCCUACUGUGGAGUCCAUCCAUAGGUUUGCUUGACUUAUUUUAUUCACACUGUAGGAGUUUGUUUAAUGACAAAAAAUUAGUAGAAUACUUAAAAGAGAGUUCUUUUGAUGCUGUGUUUCUGGAUCCUUUUGAUCUGUGUGGCUUAAUCGUUGCCAAGUACUUUGCGCUCCCCUCUGUGGUCUUCAGCAGGGGAGUAUUUUGCGGUUAUCUUGAGGAAGCCACACAGUGCCCGGCUCCUCUUUCUUAUGUUCCCAAAGGUGUCUUAGGGUACUCGGACGCCAUGACUUUCAAGGAGAGAGUAUGGAACCAUAUCGUCCACUUGGAGGAGCAUUUAUUUUGCCGCUAUAUUUUUAAAACCGGGUUAGAAAUUGCCUCUGAAAUUCUCCAGACACCUGUCACAGCAUACGACCUCUUCAGCCACACAUCAAUCUGGCUGCUGCGAACAGACUUUGUUCUGGACUAUCCCAGGCCUGUGAUGCCCAACAUGAUCUUCAUCGGUGGCAUCAACUGCAAGCAGGGAAAGCCGUUGCCUGAGGUGAGUUGUCUCUCUUUUAGCUCUUGAGGAAUUACCUGACUUUGGACUUAAAAAAAGAAUAAAGAUUCCUUCCUUAGCUGUGACUUUUCAUUUGCAUUUGUUGGA